AUGGACGGCGCGCCCCGGCCGGGCCGCCGCCGCUUGGGGCUCGCGGCGUUGCUGGCCACCGGCUCGCUGCUCGGGGCCCCUGUCAGGCGGGCGCCCGGCGCCGCACCCGCUGCCACGGGGGCGUUGGGCACCGCGUGGCCGCGGGCCGCCGCGCGGGAGCGGCGGGGGGGUCGCCGCAGCGCCUGGGCCGUUGCGCGGCGCGCCGAGGCGCGGUCCGGCACGCCAGCGGCGGCCAGGCUCCGGGCGGCCUGGGCGCUGCUGGACCUGCCGGAGGGCUCGUCUCGGCCAGCCAUCAAGAGGCGCUUCCGGGAGCUGGUGAAAACGGACCAUCCGGACAAAAGGCCGGACGAUCCUCUAGCGACGCAGCGAUUCGGAAGGGUCAUGUCGGCCUACAAAUUGGUCAUGGAGGCGCGGGGCCAGAGUGAGCAGGACGCCGGGGGCGGCCAGUAUGAUCCGAAGGACAUCUGGGACACCAUCGAGGGCCUCGAGGGCGUCUGGGAAGAGAUCGACGUCAGCAGUUUUGACGGAUUUGUGGAUUUCGACGCCAACAAGGAGGCGUCCGGUGCCACAGUGGACGAGGUGGGGGGCGCCCGCACUCCCGACGAGUUCCAGCCGGGCGCCUCGCGAGGCGCUGCCGCCGGCGACGCCUCGAGCGAGGGCUUCGCGCCCAGCCCGGGCGCGUUCCAGAGCCCGCCGCGGGCUCGGUCGGGCCCGGCGCCCAGCCGCGUGGGCCGGGUGUCCUACAGGAGCCCGGACCCCGAGAAGGUGGAGGUGGUGGAGGUGGCCAGCACACGGCAGAAUUUCGAGAAUUUCCUUGGCGGGUCUUACGUGCUCUUCUGUGUGGGAGCGUUCGCCGCCACUGUGACUCUCUACGUCGAGCGCGGGGGGCCACAGGAAUUCAUCCAGCGCCUUCUCGGCGCGACCACCUUACCCUAG